CGAGCCGUGCCAAACCAAGCUGUGUGUGAAUGGAGGAGACGCGCCGCGCUGCUCCGUGAUCUUUCUGCUCUGGAUUAUUAUUUCACUUUUUAACGCAUGAAAUUUUUACCUGUCCGGACCGUUCUGCUGCCAACACCUGACUUCCGCUCACUCAGGUUUUACGUGAAGAGAAAAGAAGAGGAAAGGCAGCAGCAGCGCGUGGGACUGUGGAUUUAAAUGACCGAUUGGACUUUUCUGCGCGUUUCCGUCCAGCCAUGACCCAGUGAAGCUGACUCUUCAUCAGACCAGCCGCCAGCUCUUCACUCGUCCUCUCUCCCUCCAUCCUCUCCUCUUCUUCCUCCUCUCUUUGUCCACCAUGCUCCCUUCUUUCUCUCCUAUCCUCCUCUUCCACCUCCUCCUCUCCUCCCUCCUCCUCUCUGCCCCAGCUGUUCCUCCCCCUCCCUCUAUGGCCUCGAGCAGGGUGGUGUACCGGGCGUUCGACACCUCCCUCACCCACCUGACCAUACACCGGAGAACAGGUGAGGUGUUUGUCGGUGCUGUCAACCGAGUGCUGAAGCUGUCAGCCAAUCUGACGGAGCUGAGGAGUCACAUGACCGGACCUGUGGAGGACAAUGCCAAGUGCUACCCUCCACCCAGCGUCAGGGCCUGUGCUCACCGACUGGAGUCGUCAGAUAAUGUGAAUAAGCUCCUACUGGUGGAUUAUACUGGGAACAGACUGGUGGCCUGUGGGUCGAUCUGGCAGGGUGUCUGUCAGUUCCUCAGACUGGAGGAUCUUUUCAAACUGGGAGAGCCGCAUCACCGUAAGGAGCACUACCUGUCUGGAGCCAGAGAGGCUGAUGGGAUGGCAGGUGUGGUUGUUGGUGAGGACGAUUGGACGGCUGACCCCAAGAGGAAGAAGCCGGUGAAGGGCGGCAGCCGGCUCUUUAUUGGUGCUGCCAUCGAUGGGAAGUCGGAGUAUUUCCCCACACUGUCCAGCAGGAAGCUGGUGGCAGACGAGGAGAGCGUCAACAUGUUCUCACUGGUGUACCAGGAUGAAUUUGUCUCCUCGCAGAUCAAGAUCCCGUCAGACACGUUAUCCCUGUACCCGGCCUUUGACAUCUACUACGUCUAUGGCUUCUCCAGCCGCACAUACGUCUACUUCCUGACACUGCAGCUGGACACCCAGCUGACACAGAUGGAUGCCGGUGGAGAGAAGUUCUUCACCUCGAAGAUCGUCAGGAUGUGCUCCAACGACACCGAGUUUUACUCGUACGUGGAGUUUCCUCUGGGCUGCACCAAAGACGGCGUGGAGUACCGACUGGUCCAGGCCGCCUACAAGCAGAAGCCGGGGCGGCGGCUGGCUCAGGCGCUCGGCCUGUCCGAGGACGACGAUGUCCUGUUUGUCGUCUUCUCACAGGGCCAGAAGAAUCGCUCCAACCCGCCCAGAGAGACGGUCCUCUGUCUGUUCACCCUCCAGGACAUCAACCUGGCCAUGAGAGAGAGGAUCCGCUCCUGUUACCGUGGAGAGGGACGCCUCUCGUUACCGUGGUUACUCAACAAGGAGCUGCCCUGCAUCCACACUCCGAAGCAGAUCGGAGAUGAUUUCUGCGGCCUGGUGCUGAACCAGCCUCUGGGAGGCCUGAGGGUGAUCGAGGGAAGCCCGCUGUACGAGGACCGCACCGAGGGCAUGGGCGCCGUGGCCGCCUACACCUACGGGGAGCACACGGUGGUGUUUGUGGGAACCCGCAGCGGACAGCUGAAGAAGAUCCGUGUGGACGGGAUCCCGCCGCUGGCCCAGAAUGCUUUGCUGUACGAGAUGGUGACAGUGGUGGAAGGGAAGCCGAUUCUGAGAGACAUGGUGUUCAGUCCAGACCACCAGUACAUCUACCUGCUGAGUGACAGACAGGUCAGCAGACUCCCGGUGGAGAGCUGCGAGCAGUACAGCGGCUGCUCGGCCUGUCUGGGCUCCGGAGACCCUCACUGUGGCUGGUGUGUCCUCUUCAGCAAGUGUUCCAGACAGGAAGCAUGUGACAAGUGGGAGGAGCCUCAGCACUUUAACACGCACCUUGAACAGUGUGUCGACAUCUCCGUUAUGCCGAGCAAUAUGUCCGUCACCUCGCUGGCAACACAGCUGACCAUUCGAGUGCAGAAUGUCCCAGCGCUGUCGGGAGGGGUUUCCUGUGUAUUUCAGGACCUGAGUGAAACCCCUGGAGAGGUGGUGGCCCGAGGUCAGGUGACCUGUUUGUCACCGUCACUGAGAGACCUGCCGGCACACACACAUGACUACGGAGAGAAGCGUGUGGUUCAGCUCAGCCUUCGCUCCUCAGAGACCGGUCUUCAGUUCAUAACCACCGACUUCAUCUACUACAACUGCUCCGUGCUCAGCUCGUGUACUUCGUGUGUCAGCAGUGUGUUUCCGUGUCACUGGUGUAAAUAUCGCCACAUCUGCACCAACAACCUGCAGGACUGCUCCUUCCAGGAGGGACGAGUCAGCAACAUGGAGGGCUGUCCACAGAUCCUCCCCACCUCUGACAUCCUGGUCCCAGCUGGGAUGGUUCGUCCAAUUACGUUGCGAGCUCGUAACCUCCCCCAGCCUCAGUCAGGUCAGAAGAACUACGAGUGUGUGUUCAACAUCCAGGGCAAAGUCCAACGAAUCCCUGCCGUACGCUUCAACUCCUCCUGCAUCCAGUGCCAGAACACCUCGUACUGGUACGAAGGGGACGAGGCCGGCGACCUCCCAGUGGAUUUCUCUAUCGUCUGGGACGGGGAUUUCUUCAUCGACAAGCCGGCGUCUAUGAAAGCGCUGUUGUACAAGUGCGAGGCUCAGCGCUCCAGCUGCGGCCAGUGUCUCAAAGCUCCUGCAGCCUUCGACUGCGGUUGGUGCACAGAAACCAGGAAGUGUCUCCUGCGGCAGCACUGUCCGGCGCCUGAGCAGAACUGGAUGCACCACGGCCGCCACAACCUGCGCUGCAGCCACCCACGCAUCACCAGGAUUGACCCUCUGACCGGGCCUCGGGAGGGGGGGACACAGGUGACGAUCGAGGGCGAGAACCUGGGUCUGCAGGUGAAGGAAAUCGCUCAUGUGCAGGUGGCCGGAGUCCGCUGCAACCCCGUGCCCUUGCAGUACAUCAGCGCUGAAAGGAUCGUGUGCGACAUGGCCGAGGCUCUCCUCCCUCACUCCCCCGGUGGGCCCGUCGAGCUCUGCAUUGGCGUCUGCAGCGCCGAGUAUCGAACCCUCUCCACCCAGACGUACUCCUUCGUGAGCCCCAGUUUCAGUCGGGUCCGUCCGGAGAAGGGUCCUGUUUCUGGGGGAACCAGACUGACGGUAACGGGUCGACACCUGGACGCCGGUAGCACAGUCAAAGUUUAUAUCGACAAGGAGGAAUGUCUGUUCGUCAAACGGACCAACCGGGAAAUAAUCUGCAUAACUCCCGCCUCCUUGUCGGGCUCUGGCCCCGCCUCCAUCCGUCUGAUGAUUGACAGAGCCCAGGUGACGAGCUCCGAGACCAAAUACAUCUACACCGAGGACCCGACCAUCACCAGUGUUGAGCCCAACUGGACCAUCCUCAACGGCAGUACAGUGAUCACAGUCACAGGAACCAACCUGCUGACCAUCCAGGAGCCCAAAGUCAGAGCCAAGUACGGAGGAGUGGAAACAAAUAAUUUCUGCACCGUGGUCAACGACAGCACCAUGACGUGUUUGGCUCCUGGUCUGGUCUACGGUAAACCCGAGCCACCGGAGGGGGCGCUGCGCCCCGAUGAGUUCGGCUUCAUCUUCGACCAGGUCUCCUCUCUGCUGGUCCUGAACUCCACCCCCUUCACACACUACCCAAACCCAACCUUUGACCCCCUGGGGAGCUCUGGGAUCCUGGAGGUCAAACCGGGGUCCCCCAUCAUCCUCAAGGGUAAAAACCUGAUCCCACCCGCCCCCGGGAACACCCGUCUGAACUACACUGUCCUGAUUGGGGAGUCCCCCUGCCUGCUGACCGUGUCCGAGAACCAGCUGCUCUGUGAUUCGCCAGAUCUCACCGGAGAACAGCGAGUCCUGAUCCUGGUUGGUGGUCUGGAGUACUCCCCGGGUACGCUCCAUAUCUACUCGGACAGCGCCCUGACGCUGCCCGCCAUCAUCGGUAUCGGAGCAGGCGGAGGCGUCCUGCUCAUAGCCAUCAUCGCUGUGCUGAUUGCCUACAAGAGGAAGACUCGUGACGCUGACCGGACCCUGAAACGCCUCCAGCUGCAGAUGGACAACCUGGAGAGCCGGGUGGCGCUGGAGUGCAAAGAGGCCUUUGCAGAGCUGCAGACAGACAUCCAGGAACUGACCAACGACAUGGAUGGAGUGAAGAUCCCCUUCCUGGAGUAUCGAACCUACACUAUGAGAGUCAUGUUUCCGGGAAUAGAGGAACACCCGGUCCUCAAAGAGCUUGACUCUCCGGCCAACGUGGAGAAGGCGCUGCGUCUCUUCAGCCAGCUGCUGAACAACCUGCUGACCUUCAUCCACACUCUGGAGGCUCAGAGGUCCUUCUCCAUGAGGGACCGAGGCAACGUGGCCUCGUUGCUGAUGGCUGCUCUGCAGGGCCGUAUGGAAUAUGCCACCGUGGUGCUGAAGCAGCUGCUGGCCGACCUCAUUGAGAAGAACUUGGAGAACAGAAACCAUCCCAAACUGCUGCUGCGGAGGACGGAGUCUGUAGCUGAGAAGAUGCUGACGAACUGGUUCACCUUCCUGCUGCACCGAUUCCUCAAGGAGUGUGCUGGCGAACCACUGUUCAUGCUCUACUGUGCCAUCAAGCAGCAGAUGGAGAAGGGGCCGAUCGACGCCAUCACAGGAGAGGCUCGCUACUCCCUGAGCGAAGACAAGCUCAUCCGGCAGCAGAUUGACUACAAACAGCUGACUCUGAUGUGUAUCCCUCCGGAGAGCGAGGCGGGGACAGAGGUGCCAGUGAAGGUGCUGAACUGUGACACGGUGACUCAGGUCAAGGACAAACUGCUGGAUGCCGUUUACAAAGGAAUCCCAUUUUCACAGAGGCCUCAGGCUGACGACAUGGACCUCGAGUGGCGUCAGGGCCGACUGACCAGGAUCAUCCUGCAGGAUGAAGACGUGACCACCAAGAUAGAGAGUGACUGGAAGAGACUGAACACACUGGCACACUACCAGGUGACAGACGGCUCCCUGGUGGCACUGGUCCAGAAGCAGGUGUCAGCCUACAACAUUGCCAACUCCUUCACCUUCACCAGAUCCCUGAGCAGAUACGAGUCGCUCCUGCGGACGUCCAGCAGUCCUGACAGUCUGAGGUCCAGAGCUCCGAUGAUAACCCCGGACCAGGAGACAGGAACUAAACUGUGGCACCUGGUGAAGAAUCAUGAGCACAGCGACCAGAGAGAAGGAGACAGAGGCAGCAAGAUGGUUUCUGAAAUCUACCUGACCAGACUGCUGGCCACCAAGGGGACGCUGCAGAAGUUUGUGGAUGACCUGUUUGAGACGGUGUUUAGCACCGCCCAUCGCGGCUCUGCACUCCCAUUGGCUAUCAAAUACAUGUUUGACUUCUUGGACGAGCAGGCUGACAAACGACAGAUCAGUGACCCAGAUGUCCGACACACCUGGAAAAGCAACUGCCUUCCUCUCAGGUUCUGGGUGAAUGUCAUAAAGAAUCCUCAGUUUGUGUUCGACAUCCAUAAAAGCAGCAUCACUGACGCCUGCCUGUCGGUCGUCGCUCAGACCUUCAUGGACUCCUGCUCGACGUCCGAACACCGACUCGGCAAAGACUCUCCGUCCAACAAGCUGCUCUACGCUAAAGACAUCCCCAACUACAAGAGCUGGGUGGAGAGGUACUACAGGGAUAUUGCAAAAAUGCCAAGCAUCAGUGAUCAGGACAUGGAUGCCUACCUGGUGGAGCAGUCCCGUCUCCAUGGCAAUGAGUUCAACACACUGAGCGCGCUCAGUGAGCUCUACUUCUACAUCAACAAAUACAAGGAAGAGAUCCUGACAGCGCUGGACCGGGACGGCUACUGUCGCAAACACAAACUGAGGCACAAACUGGAGCAAGCCAUCAACUUGAUGUCUGGGAGCAGCUGAGAAGAGGGGCAGGACGAAGGGACCGAUGGACUUAUGGAUGGGGGAUGGGGAAGAUGAACUGGGGAGGGGGAU